CUCCUUUCUUCCUCCCUCCCCCUUCUCCAGCUCUUUCUCCUCCCUUUCUCUCCGUCUCUUCCCGUUUAUCUCGAUCGUCUAAACCCCUUUCCUCCUCUUCUCCCUCCCUUCUUCCCCUCCAGCUCCUCCCUUCCCCUCCUCUCCUCCGCCUCCUCCCUUUAUCUCGCUCCUCUUCCCCUCCCUCCCCCCGCUCCUCCCUCCGUGCCCCCUCCCUCUUCCUUUCCGCCUCCUCCCCUUUUUCUGGCUCCUUUCUCCCCCUCCACUCCCCCAGCUCCAGCUUCCCUCCCAUAGUCAGCCCGCGCCGCUCCGCUCUGCUCUCCUCUCCCUCUCCGAUUCGCGGGAUCGCGCUCGCAGGCCAGACUCGGCUCGCCGCUACCGGCCCUGCCGGCUGUGGAGAGGGAGAGGCGGCCUGCGUGCAGGGUUAGCCGGGGAGGGCCCGAGGCGGGCCUGGAGGCCAUGGAGCCGUCGGCUCGGAGGAGGCCGCACGCGGGCGCGGGCUCCUCGGGAGGCGGCCACCCGGGCAGGCAUCCAACAGGCAAAGCUGAAGAUGGGUCCCGAACCUCUCCUUUCCACCUUGACCUAUGGUUCUACUUGACAUUGCAGAACUGGAUUCUGGAUUUUGGCCGUCCCAUUGCCAUGAUAGUUUUCCCUCUAGAGUGGUUUCCGUUGAACAAGCCCAGCGUGGGAGACUAUUUUCAUAUGGCUUACAACGUCAUCACACCAUUUCUCUUACUCAAGCUCAUUGAAAGGUCCCCCAAGACCCUGCCUCGGUCCAUCGUGUAUGUCAGCAUCAUCACCUUCAUCAUGGGCUCGAGCAUUCACCUGGUGGGAGACUCUGUGAACCACCGCCUGAUCUUCAGUGGCUAUCAGCACCACCUGUCUGUGCGUGAGAACCCAAUCAUCAAGAACCUGAAGCCAAAGACCCUGAUUGACUCCUUUGAGCUGCUUUACUACUAUGAUGAAUAUCUAGGGCACUGCUUGUGGUAUAUCCCCUUCUUCCUCAUCCUUUUCAUGUACUUCAGUGGCUGCUUCACCACAGCCAAGAAAGAGAGCAGGAUGCCCCGGUCGGCUCUGCUCCUGUUGGGGCCCAGCAGCCUGUACUACUGGUAUCUUGUCACUGAAGGGCAGAUCUUCAUCCUCUUCAUCUUCACCUAUUUCGCCAUGAUGGCGUUUGUCAUGCACCAGAAACGGAAGCGCCUCUACUUAGACAGCAACGGACUCUUCCUCUUCUACACCUUCUUCUUCACGCUCCUGUUUGUGGCCCUGUGGGUGCUGUGGCUGUGGAAUGAUCACACGCUCCGGAAGAAGUACCCCGGCGUCAUCUACAUUCCAGAACCGUGGGCCUUCUACACCCUCCAUAUCAGCAGGCACCCCUGACUUCCUCAGGCCCACAGCUGAGAGGGUUGGUGGGGGAGGGAUUUGGGGUGAGCCAUUUGUUGGGAAGAAGCCUCCCCCCGACAAAGCAAAGUGUGCUUCCCUCGGCCCUUCCUCUUCACUCCACCCCCAUAAGUGGGCUUUGUAGGGUGUGUGUGAAUUGUUAAGUAUCCACAUUUUGUUUGGCUUGCUCUUUUCAGGUUUGGGUUUAGUUUUAGGAAACACAACAUCACAGGGCUGAGAACGGGCCUUAUUCAGGGCCCAGUGAGUUUGCUGUGUUUGUGCUAUGUGUGUGAUUGUAAAAGCUGGCCAACGAGUGGCUCCUGGGAGGGACCCUGGCCAGGGGCACCUCGGGUGGCCUGACAUAGAAGGGUUGGGGGCACCCUUGACUUCAGAGCCAUUAUCCUUCCGCCGUACCCCAUCAGGGCUGGCCUGAGGAGCUCUCCUAGCUCUCCUCCAUUGGCCAUUCAUAGGAAGGUAGAGAAGCACUGAUCAGAGCUCAGGUGUCCUGCAUUCAUCUCAGCCUUGGUCCCAAGAGAGCUGGAAAUGCUUGGGGAGGAAGACUGGGCCAGCACCCAUGACUGAAGAGGAGGGACGGGACCUUUUUUGCUUGGAGUCUUGGCUCCCUUCCAGGAUUCUGGUCCCACUCUCUUACUGACAGCAAUUGGGCAAUCACCUAGCUCCAAGUGACCCAUGAGCCAGCCCCUUCCAAGGAUCCAGCCCUCCCCUUCCUUGAUUAGGGGUAAGGUGGGGAGUGGGUAGUAGGCCUGAAAAGGGUUCUGUAGAGUUCCUCCCCAACCCCAUCAGCAGCUGGAUCCUGUGACGGAUUUCUUUUUAACCUUCAUGGACUUUUGAGUUGGCAGAAGAGUCUCCUUAAGACUCCUUGCAGAAGAGACUCCCUGUGACACUCCUAGGAUGGGGGUGAGCCUGUGUUCUUAAAGGCUCUCACAGGCCCUCCCAUGCUGGGAAGGUGAUGGACUGUACUGAGUCUAAGGACCAGCUGGUCCAAGCCUGGACAAGGGCUCAGAGCAUAAGGCUUAGCAACUCAUUUAUCUUUUGUGACCAGGGCUCCUAGUAAAUGCAGUCCACCAAGGUGUGAGGGGCGUGCAAUGUGGUAAUGCUCAUGACAUCUCAUAUCUUUGGAUGCAAAUCAUCUGAGUUCCAGGAACAUAAGUGAGCCUUGCCUCUGCCCCUCCUGCUUGGGGGAGCUUGGGAGGUUCUGGAGGCAAUCCCAGAAGCUGAGGGACUGCCUGGCUGGCUGCUGUCCAGCCCAAGGAUACCUGGAGGGCCAGGAUAAGCAAGGGGAUGUAACCCUUCCUCCUCCCUCCUAUGGAAACUAUUCUUGAUUGUUCUACUUGAGAAAAGUGGUGUAAACCCUCUUUUCAGCCUAACCCAAACUUGAAAUAGGAUGUCUAGUCUAAAGACUCAGUGCUCACUCUUAUUCCAUGGAAACUUGGGGUGAGGAGAGUGAGGUUUCUACCUUCCUCGUUCAUCCUGACUUUCAGGACACACUUAGGCAGCUACACAUCAUCUUGAGAAAUGGUAGAGAGGGAAUGGGGGUAGAGAAGAGGCGUGAUUCCAGGAAGGGGUGACUUUUCACCUAAGGUGGACACUCACCCCUUUGCCUACCUCUUUGUAGCCUUGCACCCUAUGAUCAACUCAGUGGCCUCAGGCUUCCUUCCUGGGAAUCAUCUCCCAUCUGAAGGCAGGGUUCCUUCCUGUGCUGCUGGUCAGUCAGCCUCUCCCCUGCCUUGUCCUUCCCAUGCAAGGCAAGGGCCUGACCCAGAUUCUGCAAGGACUCUUACCUCCCCUUCUGGUUCUACUCAGGUCAUCCAUGCCCUGACAGGGUUCCUCUUAUCUAAGAGCACAUUCGGGCCCUACGACUGGAUGAUUCCUCCCAUAUGUAUAGACGCGCUGCCCCUGCCCCUAACUGUAAAUAUCUUGGCAGUCAUGGCUGUAAUUAAUGGGAGUCUUAAAUAAAUGUGUGUACUUGA